GCCGCGACUGGCUCGGCUGCUCUCCGAGGCCGCACCCCGGAGGUCUCUGGCUGCUGACGCCCGUUUCGGUUUGCUUCGUUUUCGCGCGUGCAGGGAAGCACCACAGCGACAACAGCAGCCCUGAUGGAAGUGGUACCAUCCUGGACCCCAGUGGUGGGCUUCACGCUCUUGCCCCAUGUUGGAAGCAUUUUGGGAGCUAGGAUCGUCAAGAAAGAAAUUCCCACUUGGUAUGAAACCCUGGAGAAGCCGUCCUGGUUCCCACCUAACUAUGUGUUUGCACCUGUGUGGGGCACUUUGUAUACGUCGAUGGGAUAUGCUUCUUACCUGAUAUGGAAGGAAUUGGGAGGCUUCAAUGAAAAAUCCAUGGUUCCACUUGGACUAUAUGCAGGACAACUGGCAUUAAACUGGUCAUGGACUCCCAUAUUCUUCAAACAGCACAAAUUAGGAUGGGGAUUGGCCAUUUUGUUGCUUACCACAGGAGCAACAACAGCGACAACAGCAGUCUGGUAUCAUGUGAACAAAACAGCCGCCUAUUUGAUGUAUCCUUAUUUGGCUUGGCUAACCUUCGCCACAGUGCUCAACUACCGCAUCUGGAAGGACAACCCCAGGAAGAAGCACUCAUAAUACGUACUAAUUUUUCUAAAGCAACUCUUGGUAAUGCCAGAGACAGAGAGAGAGGGAGGGAGGGAGGGAGGGAGAGGAGAGAGAGUCUAAUUGCAGUUUCACCAUUCCAUUACUUAAAUCCAUUUUCUGUCUCAGGCAAUUGUAAAAGAUGUUAUAUUACUAUGCAAACAAACAGGUUAACUAGUUUUAACUGAAAUAAAGUUCAGGAAGACUAUGAA